UUCUUCUUCUUUUUCUCAACUUCACCGUGGCCGCCUGGGACUCGGGUCCGACUCGGAGGUGACAGCCGUGGGGUGAACUUUGUCCGCUCCUUCUUUUAACUUUUAAAGCUCUCCCCGGUGGAAGUCAGCGUAACCGGACCAGAAACUUUUUUUCCGCCACAGGAGAUUAAAAAAAGAAGUGAAAAAAUGGCAGACAGCGAGGAGCAGCAAGUGUCUUCCUCCACCUCUCUCUUCCCCGAGGAGGUCCACCACUACCAGGCCGAGCCCACGAAGGACUUCUACGGCCCGGAUGAGAUUGUGGACUUGGUCGGCGGGGCCCAGGACGCCCUGCAGCGGCACAUAGCCGAGGAUACUGCGCCCCAGGAGUUCACAGAAACUUCCUCCUUCACUUCCCCGGAGGAGGCGACCGACACGUUACUAGCGGAACCAGAACCAGCCCCGGACUCCACCACCACCACCAGCAGCAGCGGCUCUUUUGUCCCCAGCGUGCCCGAGGCAGUGGCCCCUAAAGCCGAAGCGGAGAGCACGAAGAUCGCAGAGGAGCCACAGGCUGCUCCCGAGCCAGAACCAGCCCCUGCGAGCGACGCCCUCCCCGCGGCUAAGCCCCGGAAAGAAGCCCCAUCCCCCGCAGAGGCUCCAGCGCAGGCGGCGGUGACAGAGGAAGCACCGGCUCCAGCAUCGUGUCUUCAUCGCUGGAAGUCAAACCUCAACCCCAGAGAUGUACCUUCUCCUUCUAAAGCUCAGCCUCAUCCUCUGAUGCAAUUCCCUACAGCACUUGGGCAGAGGGGUGACUCCCCUGCUCCCAUCUCCCCUCUCUCCCCCCUCCACUCCCCCGACUCUCUGGAAGAACUCUCUUUGACGGAGAGUCCCAACCAGCCCCCCACCUCCGGAUCUGCUGCAAACCUGGGCUCCUUCUCCACCGAACCCCCGACUACUCUUUCCAAGGAGAUGCCCAGGGAGGGUGACCCUAGUAAGAAUGAGGAAGACCUCCUAGAUCCGUUAGCCGGCCCUUACCUGAGUUUAGGGAAAGACCCAGGGCCCCAUAACCCGUGCGAAGACAGCGGCGUUUCCUUUUCGCCUGACGAGAAGCUGGUUAGCUCAGACAGGUCCUCCACCGGCCCUUCCCCUGUGAAUCCCCAGGGGAUGGUUCUUGAGUCUCAUCUUGCCUCCUCUAACCCAACAGAGCGCUGGGAUUCACCAUUCCUAACAUCUCAAGACAACACCAAGGCCUCCAUGGAUUCCUUCCAAAAGGACACAGCCCCCAUUAGCUCCUCCAGGUUUGAGGCAAACCUUCAUGGCAACCAGUCCGACGAAGACGAUGACUUGAUGUAUGAGGUGAAGAAGAACAGUAACCCAUUUGAGGGGUACUCCCCAUUGGCGGACAGCGGCUACUCCCAUUUUGGAGAAACCAAGUCUGACAGCAGGGCAACAAAAAUGUCAGAGAGUCCAACUCCGGAUCUGGUCCAGUAUGGACAGACGGGCGAGUCCCAGGAUAGCCCUCCGUCUUUCUUAGACGAGGCCAAAACAUUUGAGACCGGCAAGAUGGCGGCCGACUCUCCAGUGCAGCCAGUGAACCAGUUUUCAUCUGGCCUCAAAGAUGAUGAUGAAGAAGAUGAAGAAGACGAGGAGGAUUCGGCUCUACCGCCGUCGCUUCCAGACAUCCUGAAGUCUUCCCCUCUGAACGCAGACAAAAUCGACUCCGGGUCGUCCGAGGGAAGCCCGGAGGAGCAGAGCCCCAUCCUUGAACGGCGGAUGAUGGAGUCUCCCAACCCUCCCAUCAAUCUGUCCGCUAACAAUCCAUUUGCUUGCGACGCUAAAGUGUCUCUGCUGAAGGAGAUGGCCGAGGAGAUGGAGGGGAGAGCUGCAGACAUGGCAAAAGUGGAAGAUGACAAAAGCUUUGGCGCCUUUGAUCUCGUUAAGGAGGCUGAGGAAACCACCCCAACAAAGGCCAAAGAUGAGGAACCUGUGAAGAUCGAGCAGAAGGAUUGGUUCUCGAGCCACGAGUCUCCCAAAAUGGCCGAAAAGUUUGAGCCACUCGACUUCCAGAGCAAAAAGACGUUUGCUGAGGAUUCGGAUUCAGAGUCGCCAACUGCAGAUUCACUGUCUCCGGUCCUGGAAGCCAUGGCCAAGAAUCCCGCCAGCUUCCAGGUGGAAAUGGAGAAGAAGGACAUGAAGAUGGAAAUGGAGGAGGAGCCGGAAGUGGCAGAAGAAGUGUCCGAGCAUGAAGUGUCCUCUGAGGAGUUUGAGUUCAUCGAACGGCCUCCGAAAGGUGUUAUCGACGAGUUCCUCGAAGCUCUGGACACCUCCAAGUUCGCCUCCUCCAAGCCCCCGGAGAUACCCAUGGAUGACGACCUGAGCUUUGGGCUGACGGAUGCGGUACCAACAAAAAUAACUCCGGAGGUUGAAGAAGAGCCUCCGAGCCAGAGCUCCUACCUCCUCCUCACCCAGGCCUCCCCCCAGAAGAGCAAGUCUGAGCUGGAGAAGCUGGAUAUCCAGCAGCCUCCACCCCAAGCUCCUCUCACCCAUUCCCCCGUCUGCAAACCAGAGGAGCCGGCGGCGAAGAAGAACCCGGAGGGUGGAAAACUCUUUAAGAUGCCAAACCUGAACAUAAGAGCAGUGGUGGAUCUGGUUUACUGGCGGGAUGUGAAGACCACGGGGGUGGUGUUUGGCGCCGCCCUGCUGCUCCUCCUCUCCCUGACCGUGUGCAGCAUCGUGAGCGUCUGCUCCUACAUCGGCCUGGCGCUGCUGUCCGUCACCAUCUGCUUCAGGAUAUACAAGGGCAUCCUGCAGGCCAUCCAGAAGUCUGACGAGGGCCACCCCUUCAAGCAGUACCUGGACCAGGAGGUGGCGCUGUCCGAGGACAUGGUCCACAAAUACAGCGACAUCGUUCUGGCCAGACUCAACAAGACCAUCUGUGACCUGAGGCGCCUGUUCCUGGUCGAGGACCUGGUCGACUCCAUCAAGUUUGCUGUGUUGAUGUGGAUCCUGACCUACGUCGGUGCCUUUUUCAACGGCCUCACUCUCAUUAUUCUGGGUCUGAUCGGAGCGUUCUGCUGCCCGAUCAUCUACGAGAAACACCAGACUCAGAUCGAUCACUAUGUGGCUCUGGUCAACAACCAGAUCAAAGACGUCGUUGGAAAGGUCCAGGCGAAGGUUCCCGGCAUGAAGCGUAAAACUGAGUGAAGCAGCAGAAAGUCUGAGUUUGGCUUGAGGACGUCCUGAGCUGGAUGGUUGGAGGAGGAGGAGGAGGAGGAGGAGGAGGAGGAGGAAGGGUGUGGCGUGGACGCAGCCCUUCAAACUGUAUUUGUCAAGAUAAUAAAACCUUUUUUUCCAGUUCAGAUUCCUUUAUACGUUUAUUUGUGUGUUUUCUGAGCGGACGACAGCGACGUCGGCUUCAGAUUUGUGUUAACGUCGAGCUGAGCCCACCCUCCCUCCACCCGGAGCUCCUCCAGGCACUUCCGGGUUUUACGUUUUUUAUUUUAUCCUCAGAGUGAGCAGAGUUUGGUUUAUUUUAUUUUUUUGUAUGAAUCUUUUUUUUUUUUCCUGUCGUGUCCCUGAAGCUUCGAGCUUGUUUUUUGUUUUUCUUUUUGUUUCUUUUUUGUUUUUUUGUUGUUGCCUCUAAUUAACGAACGACGCGUUUGAGUCUGAAGAGGCCGCGGGGCCGAGGGCGGGUUGUGGGGGGGUUGUGCUACCGUUUAAAACCUUCAUCGCUUCUGAGUAAUUCUAGCUUAGAAACUCGUAGACAAACCUUCAGCAGACAUUUAAAAAAACACGUUCAUCACAUGAAGUCGUUAUUUCCAUCGUCAUCGUAGUGAAACUCUGGACGAACACGUUUACAUUCAUCCACCGGAAAAAAAAAAAAAAAUUAAAAAGAAUUAAACUAAAUAACCGUCAUGUCUGUGGAGCCGAUCUAUCUUAAUAAAGUGACUUUCUGGGAAACCUUGGAGCAUUUGUUUGUUAUGCAAGUAAUAAUUGUGAAUGAUAAACUUCAUACUUCAGUUGUGACGAUAAAACGCUUCCCGCCGGGAGCCGUGUUUGUGGAAUGCAUUGUGAGAUGUAAACAAUUAUCAAUAAAGCUUCUAGAAGAAGACGUGA